CCACUCGGCGUUCCCUGCGCGGCGCGGCAGUGACAACAAGACGAGGAGGAAGAGGCGCAACGACAGCUUCUCUUUGGAUCGUCGACUGCCUUCCUUGCGUGACAACACGGGGAUCGCCUUCGACAUUCGGGUUGCUCCCAUUCCGGCGGAAACAUGUCAGAAUUACUGCGAUACAUCGACUACGACCACAAGGCGACGUUCCUGAAGAUGCUCAACCAGCAGCGGAUGGAAGGUGAGCACUGUGACGUAGUGGUGGUGGUGGAGAAUAUCGAAUUCAGGGCUCACCGCUGCGUCUUGGCGGCCUGCAGCAACUACUUCAAGAAGCUCUUCAAGAAGCAGAACGACGAGGACAACUCCAUCGUGGAGCUAGACUUCAUCCGCUCGGACAUCUUCGAGGAGGUGCUCAACUACAUGUACACGGCUCGCCUGGCCGUCAGGAAGAAGGACAUCAACAUGAUGAUGUCGUCCGGCCAGAUCCUGGGCAUCAACUUCCUGGACAACUUGUGCUCGCAGAAGCGGGAGCUGACCAACAUGAAGACGCGGGAGAACCAGGCCCCCGGCGACCACGGCCUGCGGGCCCAGGACGCCAUCCUGAAGGAGCUGGCCAUGGAGGAGGUGAGGAAGAACAGCUUCUACGACCAGGGCAUGGACGGGAUGGGCGCGGGGGCGUCCCACGUGCCCCAGCCGCACGGCUACAACACGGGCAUGACCAAGGACGCCCACGCCCACGGCUGGGGCUCGUCGUCGUCCAGCGACAUGAAGUUGGAGUACCUGCUGUAUGGCCACCGCGACCACGGCUCCUGCCCGAGCGCCGGCGCCAAGCCCUUGGAGCACAGUGCCAAGAAGGAGCGCCUGCUCACCGCCAACCGGCCGUACGGCUGCGAGCACUGCCCUAAGGCCUUCACCACCGCCGCCCACCUGAAGGAGCACCUCAAGAUCCACUCCGGCUUCAAGCCGCACCGCUGCGUGGUGUGCGGGAAGGCCUUCAUCCGCGGGCCCGACCUCAAGCGCCACGAGCGCGUGCACAGCAACGAGCGGCCCUUUGCCUGCCAGCUCUGCGAGAAAGCCUUCAAGCACAAGUCGCACCUGAAGGACCACGAGCGGCAGCACCGCGGCGAGCGGCCGUUCAACUGCGGCUCGUGCGACAAGGCCUUCAUCAAAGCGUCGGACCUGAAGCGCCACUGGAACACCAUGCACAGCGGCAACCCCCGCAGACAGAUGUCGCUGUCGCCGGCCGCCUCGCAGCACGCCACUGACGACCAGAGGGACUGGAAGCUGGAGACGGCGGCACACUCGCACAACUCUGACUGCUGAGUGGCAACGGGGUGAGGGGCCGCGCUUUUUCAUGCAAAACCCCGACAACCAAACUCUUAACGGGCAGGGGGGGGCAAGCCACAGACAUUUAACGGAUGGUGGCGGGCCCACGGAGAGAGCGGCGCAUGUUCAAAAGACUUGCUAUCGUUGGAAAGAUGUUGUCUCCAUGUGUAAACUCAUGUAAAUGUUUAGUUCACGCUACUAUACAUCUCUUUUUCACACAGCACCGCAAUUUCUCAUCACCACUUUUACUUUGGCGGGGUCUCUAAUAUUUGUUUUAACCAGGGGUGUCCAAAAAUAGAAAAACAAUCCAAUGUGGGUAAAUUUAUGCUGAACUCACUGAACAAGACAACAUAUUAGCUGACAAAGCAAAUUAGUGUAAUAUCUAAUUGAUAAAGAAUUGUAUUUUAAUAUGCCGAGGACUGAAAAUGGCCCCAAUGCCGCACUUUGGUCACCCCUGGGGAUAAACCUCAUGGAUUUUAUGGCGCCAAAAAGGAGUGUGGGGUGAGGGCGGAGCUUGGGCUUAACAUUAGUUGCGUCGCGUAUAUUCAUGUGAAUGUUUUUAAUGGACGUGUUUAGUUGUACUGAUUGAAUAUUAUUAUUAUUAUUAUUAUUAUUACACUGUACGAGUCAGUCGCCAUUCAGAGUCAGACCAAAGUGUUGGAUUGCGGGGCCGCUUGACUAGAUUUACUGUUAUACAGUAUGGAAGUGUCACCCGCCUAUCAGCAGUCAAGGAUAGACCUUGUGUACAUACGCUCGCUUAGGUUGUUGCACAAUUACAGUUCACAAUAAGGACUUAUGCACACACACACGCACACAAAUAUAUAAAUAUAUCAAUAAUGUUGUCUGACGCUUUGACAAUAAACACCAUUUGCUGUGUUUUUCCUACGUUUGCUUUUUGAUGCUGUUGUGAAGAGCUUUUAAUUAUGCAGAAAUUACGUUUAUUUAAUACAAGGAAAAGUGGGACUAUUACAAUAAAUAUGUUGUUUGAUGAAAAAUAAGUUGCUUUGUUGACAACAACAAAAAAAGUUUCAAUUUAGGAUACAUUUCUGUGUGAAAACGAGUCUAAAUGAUUAAAAUGACAACUUUUGCUAUGAAAAUACGACUGUUAAAAUGAUAUUCUUGUAUUCAUGACAACUUUGAUUUAGUAUUUCACUUUCACUCCCCUAUUACUUUGUUUUUUUCCAUGGAUAUGUUAGGUGGAAACAAGCUUAACAUUUUUACAGGUGAAAGAAAGUACACUAAUGCCAUUUAUUUACGUUUUCACAAACUAUUGUAACGCAAAACGACAUUGCAUGUAUUACUAUACACUGUAAAAAAAAAAAAUCUGUAAAAAAAACUGUCAUCUACUGGCAACUACGGCUGCCAAACGAAAACCAUAAAAUUAAAGUAAAACAUUGUAAACCAAAUAAUGAUCAAAAACUUUAUAUGUACAGAAAUUUUCAUGAAACGUUUUGCGGAAAAAUAUCGUAAUUUUACAUGAAUUUGAAAGUAAUUCAGGCCGUUAAUAUGCCACAAAUUAAUCCCGCAUAACAAACACCUCCCCCCUCCCGUCCAAAUAACCCGCCAAUACAAAUCAAACACCCGCACAACACACUCAAUCCCACAGCCCAAAGUACCGUUCACCUCCGCAAAGUUCAUACAGCACAUAUAUUUCCCCAAAGUUACGUACGUGACAUGCACAUAGCGGCACGCACGUACGGGCAAGCGAUCAAAUGUUUGGAAGCCGCAGCUGCGUACUCACGGUACCACGUAUCCAACUCAAAGUCCUCCUGGUAAGAGUCUCUGUUGUCUCAGUUCUCCACAGGCCAAUGGUGAAGCUUGACUGUCUCCUUUCGGGAAUGUAAACAAUGAAACACCGGCUACGUGGUUGUGUUGCUGCAGCCAGCCGCUAAUAC